GAAGCGGAAAUGAGCGUCAUAAACCUUAUGCUAGUGGCUAGUUUUUUAGGCUUCUAGGACGGGUGUAAGCGACACCACACGUACCUUGCUGGUUGCCUCUAGAGGAAGCAGGGAGUGGAUAAUUACACGACAGAGUUUUGCUGGUUUUUUAUACAGUGGCACUAUCGAAACGGAAUAUCUAAAGUGGUACCUUUCUGCCACCUUUAUGUGAGGUCUCAAACCUAAGGGAACGGGUCAUUGACGGGAGGAGAGACGCAGAGAAAGCAUUUGAUCACAGAAGCCUGGAUACCUGUUUUUAGUUUUUUUUUCCCCCUCUUCAGUCACUGAAACGGCUGCAGAUAAGCAGUUUUACAGCACGCUAUAAGGACCAUGGAGGCCAUUGCCAAAUACGAUUUCAAAGCUACUGCUGAUGAUGAGCUUAGUUUCAAGCGUGGAGAUGUCCUCAAGGUAUUAAAUGAAGAGUGUGAUCAAAACUGGUACAAGGCAGAGCAGGAUGGAAGAGAAGGCUUCAUCCCCAAGAAUUACAUACAGAUGAAACCCCAUCCGUGGUUCUUUGGGAAGAUUCCCCGUGCCAAAGCAGAGGAGAUGCUAAACAAACAGAGGCACGAUGGCGCUUUCCUCAUCAGAGAGAGCGAGAGUGCACCGGGGGAUUUCUCUCUGUCUGUGAAGUUUGGAAAUGACGUCCAGCACUUUAAGGUUCUUCGUGACGGAGCUGGAAAGUAUUUCCUAUGGGUGGUGAAGUUUAACUCCCUCAAUGACUUGGUGGAAUACCACCGCUUGAACUCAGUCUCCCGCAAUCAGCAGAUCUUUCUCCGAGAUAUAGAGCAGGUCCCCCAGAAUCCCACAUACGUGCAGGCACUCUUCGACUUUGACCCCCAGGAGGAAGGCGAGUUGGGUUUCCGACGCGGCGACUUCAUUCAAGUCCUGGACAACUCUGACCCCAACUGGUGGAAAGGAGGCUGCCACGGCCAAACGGGCAUGUUCCCUCGCAACUACGUCACGCCUGUCAGUCAGAACAUGUAAACAGUCAGACCAUGUAAACAACAACCACCACCACAACAGCAACCAUCACCACCACCGCCAUCAUCAUCAUCGUUUUCGAUCUCAUCCGAACCCCACCCUUCCCAAACCCAACCCAACCCCCUUCCCACCUCUCUCUCGGCCAUCCCACGAUAAUGGGAGCAAAGAGAACGCAAACAACUGAAAGACAGAGAAAAAAAAAAUGACAGGAGCAACGCUGUCGUGGGCGACGCUGUGUGGGCGACAGCUGAGCAAAAAAAUCAACUUUUAUAUGUGCUGAGAAUGUUCACCUCCCCAGUGAACGCCUCAGCGAGGACCGAACUGUCUUUGAGGGAAAUCUAGAUGCAGCAUACAUUAGCGUCGUGCUUCAACCAUGAAGAUAACCAAAUGAUUCAACCGCUCCCACAGCUGCUUCUGUCUCCUCCUUAACUUCCUAACAGUCUGCCUUUCUUUUGUUCUGCUUUCUUUGCCACUUUGUUUUAAUCAACUGAAUGAAGAGCCUACUGAUGAAUCCUAACUCUGUUUUAAAGAAAAGAAAAUACAUAAAAAUAUAUAAAAUUUAAAAAAAAAAGAAGAAACUGUUUUAGAAAUGUACAAAAAGAAGAGAGGAAAAGAUGAUUGCAUCAACAAUAAAGUCUCCAUGUUUAAGAUCAUUGGCACGAGAGAAUUGUACAUCAGCCUCAGGCUGCAUAAAUAAAUCAAUUAUAGAGAGAAGUCAUUUUUUUAAGAAUAUAUAUUAUAUAUUUGUAUGUGUUUGUCUGUUUUACCUCUCAUCACAAAUUGUUUUGGGGUUUUUUUCCAUUUGUAAAUUAUGUUCAAUCUUCUGUCAGUCUGAAUAAGACCUAGUAGCUCUAGAAUGUGAUGAAUUGUCCAUUUUGUUUUUUUUGUUUUUUUAUCUUUACGUUAUCUGAGGGCUCUCAGAUAAAACCACAUAACAUUUAAAGGGUCACAAGUUCCAUUUGAAAAAUGUUUUUGUCUGUAACGCAGAGAAAGUAAAGUCGGUUCUCUGAAGAAGUCCUGUCAGGAAGCUAAUGUUGACCAGCCAUGAAUGCUGCAAGAGCUGUCACACAGAGCCCUGUACAUAAAGGUCAGCAACCUUUCCGAAAGCCAAUAUAUUUAUUGCAGCCAUUUUUCUUUUAUACCAGGGCAGUGAAUGUAGCUGACCGAGUCUAUAGACACAAACAUGAGGGAAGCUAGGUCGGAGAACUGAAUUUCACAACCAUGCAAGGGAUUUUAAGACUUGUAGAGAGGGAAAAAAGCAACAACAACAAAAAGUUAGUGUUUAUUUGUGAAGAGACUGGUGAAUGAGGAUAUGUAGAGGCAGUUUACACAUUCAAACACAUUCAUUUCAUGCAUGCAUACGCAGACACUCUCCUCCUUGUAAUACAUGCACGUAGCGUAGAGGCUGAGUUCGGAUAAUCACGUUGUGUAAUAAUCACCAGUGUAGAUCUGCAGCUGGCACAGAUCAACAGUUCAGAAACCUGAGAUUGUCUUUUAUGCUUCAAGUUGAGAGAUCAUCUGUAAAUGAUGUAAAACAUUUUGGGGGUUUUUGUUUUGUUUUGUUUUUUGUUCAAAGUUGUGCUGCAGUAAGCACGCUGUUGUCAUUUUAAUUUCAUGUCUGGUCCUGUGUGUGCGCGUGCGUGUUUACCGUGUUUGUAUAAUUGGUUUCUGUUUUCUUGUUCUCUGGAUAGUGCCUUUCUCUCUGGUGUUUCAGUGUCUCCGGCCUGCUAUUUUGAGCCCCCAACCCCCUCCUGCCUCACCCUCUUUUUGGGGCCUGCCAGUCCUGCAGCGAGACAGUGUACAUAAUCCAAGACAUCCAGCAACACCCUUCCUCCACCUUCCUCCCGCAUCAACCCACCUUCACCUUUCCCCUCACAAACAUGGAACUCUUCUUAUUUAAGUGUCUCUGCUUGUCUUACCUAAUCAUGUUGUUUUGGUUUUUGCCCUUUUUUUUUUUUUUUUU